AUGAAGAGCGAGGAGGGUAGAGCAGCCGCGCCGUCGACCAGACAGCGGCCGAUACACUACCCAUUCUGGUUCGGCGGGAGCGCAAGCAGCAUGGCCGCUUGCGUGACACACCCCCUUGAUCUCGUCAAGGUCCGCCUCCAAACACGCACCGGCGACAUGCCCAAGACGAUGACCGGCACCUUCGUCCACAUCCUCAAGCACAACGGCGUGCGGGGUCUGUACAACGGCCUCUCGGCCUCCCUGCUCCGCCAAAUAACCUACUCCACCACGCGCUUCGGCAUCUACGAAGAGCUCAAGUCCCGCUUCGCGCCCAAGACCCCGCACCCGACGACGGGCAAGCCGCGGCCGCCGUCGCUGGCGCUGCUGAUCGCGCUGGCCUCGGCGUCCGGCUUCGUGGGCGGCGUGGCCGGCAACGCGGCGGACGUGCUCAACGUGCGCAUGCAGCACGACGCGGCGCUGCCGGCCGCGCAGCGGCGCAACUACGCGCACGCGCUGGACGGCCUGGCGCGCAUGGUGCGCGACGAGGGCGCCGCCAGCCUGUUCCGCGGCGUGUGGCCCAACAGCGCGCGCGCCGCCGCCAUGACCGCCGGCCAGCUGGCCAGCUACGACGUGUUCAAGCGCACGCUGCUGCGCCUGACGCCCAUGCGCGACGGCCUCGCCGCCCACUUCACCGCCAGCUUCCUCGCCGGCGUGGUCGCGGCCACCGUGACGAGCCCUGUCGACGUCGUCAAGACGCGGGUCAUGUCCGCGAGCGGCAGCGAGCACGGCGUCGUCGGCGUGCUGCGGGAGCUGUAUGCCAAGGACGGCAUGCGGUGGAUGUUCAGGGGCUGGGUGCCCAGUUUCUUAAGAUUAGGCCCACAAACGAUCUGUACAUUUGUCUUUCUCGAAUCUCAUCGCAAACUGUACAGGAAGAUCCAAGGCAUAGACAAAACGGCAUGA